AUGACUUCUGUCCAACUUGAUGACCAGGUUCUGGUACAAGAGACUUUGUUCGUGAGGACAUUGACUCUGAAUAGGCCUCGCCAGCUGAACACCCUUUCCCUUGAAAUGAUCUCUCGUCUGUCAGAACUUUUCCAGGCCUAUGAGGACGACACCAAUGCCAAGUUGAUCAUUCUCAAGGGUAGAGGAAGAGCAUUUUGUGCUGGCGGCGAUCUAGCAGCCAUGCAUCGUCACUUUCUUGAAGGAAAUCUGGAAUAUGGUGAAAAUAUUGUUCAGAAGAUCCUCAACUUAACCUAUUUGAUAGCAACACACAGUAAACCCCAGGCAAACUUGAAGUUUUCCUAG